AUGAAUUAUUAAAUUAAGGGGAACUUUAACUAUCAUCUAGAAAUCUAAGCAUCAUAAUUGAAUGAAACAACUAACAUUACAAUUAAUGCAUUCUCAUCAAAAAUUAACCAAAUCCCAUUAGGAUGCAAAUUUUAAUGGUUUAAGAAAUUAGAUAAUGAACGCAUUAAAAUAGAGACUUAGGGCAAUAUUUAUCCUUGUAGCAUAUUCGAUAUUGGCUAUAAGAUUGAGGCAAUCGUACAACCAUUCGAAUAGGGCUAUGAGGGAUAGGCUACAAUAGAAUUCUAAAAAAUUCAAAUAUCGACCUCAUUAGAGAAUAAACUCUCACAAUUAUAUCAUAACAAUAUGAAAUAAUAGAUCAUUUGCAAUGAUUAGAAUUGGGUAUUUUGCUUAGAAUACUUAGAAAAUAGUACGACCUAAUAAAAAAUUUAAUAUGCAGAUUAAUGUAUUCUGUCAAAUUAGAAUUAACUAUAAGUUUAGUUCAACAAUCAAAUAAUGAAAUUCAGAAGUAAAGAUGACAAAGAUGCGUUUUGCGCGUUCUUUAUUUCAAUGUAAUCUCUAAGAAGAGUGCAUUUGAAAUUUAUAGCUUAUAACAUUGGGAAAUUGAAUUAGAAACAAGUUAAUUUUUAAUAAUUGUUGAAUGCAUAAAUAUUGUAAUUAAUAAAUGAGAAAUCAGCUAUGCCAAUCAAGAAAUUUGAGCCAAUUUAAUCGAAUAUUAUGAUGGCAACUAGUUAGGACAUAAGAUCAAAUAAUUAAAUUCAGAUGAACCAACUUAAAUAGGAAGUUACUCAACUUUAGAAUGAGAAACAGAAAUUACAGUAAUAGAUCGAUAAAUUAAUGAAAGACAACAAAGAAUUAGAAAUGAAUGGUAGAUCUAAUGUAGCAUCAAAAGACUAAUUAGACAGUAUGGAUCGAUUAAUUCAAUCAUUAAAAAACGAAGUAUACUCAUUGAAAUAGAGAGAAACUGAUUUGAUGAAUUAAAACGGUAGACUGACUAUGGCUUUGAAUGAGAAAUGUGAUAAAUCGUUAUCUCAAUCUUAAUUUUUGGAUGAAUUCAAAGAAAAACAAUAUUAAGAGAAAUUAUAAGAAUGCAAUAAUGAGAAAUUAAGACUACAAGAAGAAUUAAAUAAAUAUUAGAAGUUUGGGUCAUCUUCAAGAACUAGUUAAAAUAUUGAUGGAGAGAAGGAGAGGUUAUUAUAAGUGAAUUAGAAAUUGAUGUAAGAAAUAGCAACAUCAACAAAUAAGAUUAAAGAAUUAUAAUUGGAAUUAGAAAUGAUGAAAAACAUGAGCAGAAUCAGUAUGUCUAUGUCUAUGAUGGAGGAUCCUGUUAUGAAAACUAAGAUUGAAUAAUUAGAGUAAGAGAAUCAGUAUUUAUAAAAAAAAAUAUCUAUUUUAGAAGAAGAAUUGUCAAAGAAGAAACAACAAAAACCAUAAAAAUAAUAAUCAGAUAGAGACUUAUAAAUACAGAAGUUAACUGAAGCUAAUAAACGUUAUUUGGAGGAAAACUUGAAAUUAUUUGAAGAGAUCAGAUAAUUAAGAGAGAAAUUUGAUUAUUCAUCUGUUUUAUAAGGUUCAAUGAAAGAUUCAUAAAUAUAAGAAAAUGUUGUUAAUAAUCAAUUGGAACAACAGAUUGAACGAAUGCAAUAAAUACAUAAUUUAGAGAUUUAGAAAAUGAAAAAGAAAAUAGAAAAAUUGACAACUGAUUUAUAAGAAGCUAAUCAAUUUAAAAAAUAGUUUGAAUAAUUAAUAAAAUAAAAUAAGAGAUUAGUUGAAGAGAAUACACAUUUGACUGAAUAAAUUAAAAAUUUAGCUGAUAUCAAUACCUCUCGAUCCUUUUCUGAUAAUAUGUUGAAUUCUAAGAUAUUUAAUAGUGACCAAUACAAAGAAUUAGAGUAAUAAUUGAUUGUACUAAAAAGAAAGAAUGAAGAACUAUAAUCUAAGCUUGAUUUUCAAUUGUAAAGGGAUUCCCAAUAAUUGGACAAAAUAAAAACAUUAGAAUUAGAAGUGGCUAAAUAUAAAAGUUAAAUAAGAGAUAUGGAAUACAAUAAUUUAGAAAGUAAUGAAGUUAAACUACUUCAAAAUCAAAUUGAUGAUUUUUAAAAUACCAAAGAUAAUUUAAUGAGAGACAAUAUUAAAUUAAGAGAUGAUUAUUCUACCUUAAUGUAAGAUAAGGAAUACUUAAAUGGAAAAAUUAAAUAAUUGGAAAACUCUAUAUUUGAAUUAAAAUAAAAACAAAUGUAAUUACAAGAAGAAAAUAGAACACUUAAAUUGUUCCCUUAAAGUGCUGAAAGACAGUUCAGUAUUUAAAUUCAACAAUUACAAACAUAAAAUAAAAAUUUAACUGAGGAAGUGGUCAGAUUACAAUCACAACAAAAUGCUUUAAAAGAUUUGAAUCAAAGUAACUUUUCAAUCAAUGACAGUGUUUUAGGUUCAAAAGUCUAUGAGGCAAAAGAGUACAAAUUAUUAGAAAAUCAGAAGGAAUUAUUGCUUAAUGAAAAUCAAUAAUUAAAAUUGGAAAUCAGAUAAGAGUAAUAGAAGGUUAAUGAUUAAUUUAAAUUCUAAGAGUAAGUUAAAUCUUUAUAAAAUGAGAAGGAUCUAUUAAGUUAAUAAUUGAUAUCAAUUAAAGAAUCACAUUCAAGAUAAAUAAUAACUUUACAAAGUGAAAUUGAUAAGCUAAAUUAACAAUUAUAAAAUAUAUCAAUAAAUGAAAGUAGAUAUAGAAUUGUUGUUAAUGAUAACAAAUCUGAUGAUUAUUCUUAGAAAUAAUAAGAAAUAUUGAGAUUGGAAAGUGAAAAUAGAUAAUUAAAUUAAUAGAUUUAAAGAUUAUAAUUAUAGUAUGAUACUGAAGUUAGGAGGUCAUAGACAUAAUUAUCUGAUCUUUAAUUUGAAAAUAAUAAACUCUCAAGAGAAAUAGCAUCAUCAAAAUAGUAUUCAGAGUCCGUAGUAAUCAAUUUAAAUGAAAAGAAAUAAUACCAAAGUUAAGAUAGUGAAAUUGCAUAACUGAAAAAUCAAUUAGCAGAUAAAACACAUUAGUUAAAGAUUAUCUAAACAAAUAGUCAAAAUACAAUGGAAGAAUUAUAAUAGGUGAUUAGUAAACUAGGAUUAGAAAAUAAAAAUAUUAAUGAAGUGCACAAUUCAAUCAAAUCUCGACUUGAAGCACAGAUUAAUAAAUUAAUUGAAUAGCUAAAAGAGAAGGAUAUAUAAAUAAACAGAAUAUCAGAAGAAAUAAGAAAGAAGGAAUAAAUAAAUAAGUAGCAAGAAGAUGAUUUGUUAAUGAAAUCAAAUUAAGUAGAGCAAUUAAUACAAUAAAAUAAAUCACUUGCAUUACAAUUAAAUAAUUUGAAUUUUGAAUUGUAAGAAUUAAAGAUGGCUAGUCUUUCUCAAUCAUUUUCUAAAUCCCAUUUUGAUGCCAGAGAGAGUGAAAACCAAGAAUUAUAAAGCGAGAUAUAAUCACUAAGAAUUCAAAUAUAAACUCUUGAGCAGACAUAGCAGUCACAAUUAUAUUAACACUAAAAAAUUAUUAGAUAAUAAGAAAGUGUUAAAUUGCUAUAAUUGGAAGAUGAAAUAAUGCAUUAUCAGAAAGAAAUAUAAGUGAUCAAAGGUAAAUUAAAUAUAACAAUGGAGGAUUGUGAAUUUUAUAAGCGCGAGUUUAUUUAAAGUUAAUAAUAACUUGAAAAAACUAGAAAAGAUUAAGCAUAGAAACAAUUUGAAAAAUAAUAAGUAUUAGAGAAUGAAUUAGUACAACUAAAAGAGAUUAAGGAAGAAUUAACUUAAGAAAAUUCAGAGUUAUCUGAUAUUAUUUAAAAGUAACAAAUAUAAAUUUAGGAUUUGUAAUCAGAUUUGGAUGAGUAAAUUCAAAGUAAUAAAGCAAUUACGAAAUUGAAAAUGUAAUCAUAGUUGGAAUGUGAAAAAUUAUAAAGAGAAAAUUAGCAAUUAAAUAAUAAAAUCCAUGAGGUAUCGAAUAUAUAGUAACUUACAAAAGAUAAAGAACUGAAUGACUCAUAAAAACAACUUUAAUAAAUGGAGAAGGAAAAAAAAUUAAUAGAUAAUUUAUAAAGUAAUUUUGAGAUGUUAUCGAAUGAUAAAGAUGAAUUCGAGAUUAAAUUACAUUCUAGUGAACAAUAGCAAAAAGAAAUGCAAAUAUUAUUAAAAUAAAAAGAUCAAUAAAUAAAGUCACUUGAACAAGAACUCUAGUAUUUGAGUAAAGAACUUGAUAAGGAAUAAUAAAAAGAUUCAAAUUACAAAAAGAAGUUUGGAGAAUUAACACUUUAGGUUUCUAAUAAAGAAAACGAAAUAUAAUAAUAAAUUGUUUAAGUUAAGAGUCUAGAAGGUGAAAUCUUAAAGAAGGAUAAUCAAAUUAAUGAUUUAAAUAAUUAAAUAGAUUAAUUGAAUGAGUAAAUUAAUAAAGAUGAAAAUGACAUUAUUCCUAAUUUGAAGUAAUAAUUAAAUCAACUAAAUCAAUAAUUUGAGAGUUUAUAAGAAUAACUUGCGUAGAUGGAAUAAUAAAUUUUAAGCAUAAGUAGAGAGAAAUCCCCUGUUAGGUCAAAAAAUAAUUCAUUAUGCAAGCCUUUCGAUUAGGGAUUAAAUGAAAAGAUAGCUUAGUAAGAAUAGACAAUAAAUUAAAAAAAUCAAUUGGUAGAGAAAUAGUAGGAAUAAAUCAAAAUUUUGACUCAAUAAAAUGAUGGAUUAUUACAAUAAAUUAAUAAAUUAUAUGAUGAUUUAAAAGAACAAUAAGACAAAUCAUUUUCUCUAGAUAGAAGCUCAGAAACAUAUCUAAUAAAUAAAAGUUUCAAUUCCAAAUACAACCUAGAUAGCGAAUUAAUUUUAUAACAUUAAUAUUAAUCACAUGAUAUUUAUGAAAGCGAUAGAAAAAGAUAAUCUUAAUAUCAACAAUUUGAAUAAACUUUAUAAGAAAGCGUUUAAGAGAAUAAAAUUUUAAAAUAAGAAAUUGAAUAAUUAAAAUAGGUUAUAAUACAAUAGAAAUAAGAAUAUGAAUAGUAAAUAUAGAUGAUACCCAUUUAUAAUCCAUGUUAAAAUUCUGAAAUUAAUCGUUAAUUCGAAAUAAUAGGCUAAGAAGAUCAAAAAUCACAUAGUUUGCCUUGCUAUAAUGAAUCUAAUAGAAAUGAAUAAUAAUAAUAAAUUGACAGGCUGGAAGAAGAAUUAAUGGCAAAAUAAGGGUUAGAAUAAUCAAACUAAAGAUUAAAUGAUGAAAUCAGAUUAUAAAUAACCAAAGUUGUAGAUUUUUAAUAAAAGCUCGAAAUACUAGAAGAAUUAAAUUAAGUAUUAAAUUAAGAGAUUUAAAAGAAGGAUGAGAAAAUAAAGAAUUUACAAUUGUUGAUAAUUGAAAGCUCAGACUCAACUGUAGCAUAAAAAGAGGAAGAAUUUCUUAAGUAAACAUAACAAUUAUAAGAUGCAAUUCUUAUGCUCGAAAAAUAAAAUCAAUAAUAAGAAUAAAAGUUAUCUGAAUGUUAGAGUAAGGUUGAAACUCUUGAAAAUGAGAUAUUAAGAAAGUCCUAAUAAUUAUCAAUAAAAGAUAGUCAAGUUAAUUAGAAUAAUAGGAAAAACAAAAGGCUAGAAGAAUAAAUAUAAAUAUUAUAGGAUUAAUUGAAAGGCUAAGGUGGUUUAGUUACAUAAAGUAAGGAUGAUUUAAUAUAAUAAUUGUAAAACGAAUUGGAGUAGAACAGAACUGAAAUACUCGAUCAUUAAAAAAUAAUUAAAUCAUUUGAAGAAUAGAUUGAUCGAUUGACAAAAAGUAAUUCAGCAUUAAUACAAGAGAAUUGCAGACUUAAUGAAUAAUUAAAAGAAAAUUUAAAUGUAAGUUAUCUCAGUAGUGAUUCACAAAAUCAUUGAAAUAAAUAACUAAAACUUUAUAGUUAAAUAUAUAUAUUAAUCUUAUCGAA